AUGACUUUCCAUAGGCAAAAACCUCACAAUAUGAAGUCUGAUCAGGGAACUCGGCACUACAUCCUGCAUCAGUCGUUUUCCACGUCUAGUGGCUCGCAGCUACUCUGACUGGUCGCAAUAACGGAUCACUCAAAAUCCUUAAUUUGUUCAUGAUUUUUUUUUACUCAUUUAUUUAUUUAUUUAUUUAUGGUGUAUUAUUUACUAGAAGGAGUCCAUGCAAUGCAGUGGUUUGUUUCAAGACGUGAUGGGAACUUUGCUAACAAUUGCGGGCUCAAAGCGUCAUUGCCCUGUAAAACAAUUCAACAAGUGAUUGCGCAUGCAUCUGAUGGUGAUGUUAUCAAUAUAGACGGCACAAGAACGUCCCGUGGCCCUUAUCCGUGCGAGAAUUGGACAGAAUUGAAUCUAGCCGCUCCGGCAAUACGCAGUUACAACACUCGAGCAUUUCUUUCUUGCAAAACUGAGGGCCUGCGAGUUUUGUGUAAUUCGAGAAAGAGAGCCUUUGGUGGAGUCUCUGUGGACCAAAUAACCUUCGUCAACACUUCACUUCAUCUCUCUGACUGCUCCUUAAAGCUCAACGACUGCAGCUUUAUAAACAGUUCCGUUGCCGCGCUUACGUCAAGAUACGCCACUGAAUCUGUGAAAAAAAUGUUCAACUCGAUGGAUGCACCUUUCAGAACAACAGUGCUAGUAGUGUUACAAUUUAUGGCAAUUCUAUGGUCAACUUUAACAUUUCCAAAACUACGUUUGCUUAAAAUAAAUUGCUGA